UUGGGUUAAAAAGUUUUAUGAAUCGAAAAUAAUCCAAAAAUUGUGUGAAAUACUUCUUUAUUUAUCAUGAAAUAGACGUGUUACUUUUAAAUAUUCAAUAUGGACAUGAAUUCUUGGAAAAAAGUUGAAAAUGAAUCCGGUUACCCUUAUUAUAUCGACGAGGUUACGGGAAAAGAAAGCUAUGAUCAUCCUCAUUUCCGAAAGAUUAUGAAGUCUCUUGAAUCAUAUGAAGAUAUAAAAUAUAGCGCGUAUCGAAUAGCCUUUAAAAUUUAUGCUUUGCAGAAGAGCCUGAAAGUGCCACCACUGCGGAUAUGUGCUGGUGUGUUUGGACGACACCAACUUAGUCUUUCUGAGAGUAGUCUCUCGUUAGACACAGUGGAACUGGAAGCUGUGUUAGCUGACAUAUAUUUUGCCGCUGCAAAAGAAGGACUAUUUGACGGAGAUGUAGAUUUGACUGUAGAUCUGUUAAUUAAUUUACUAUUGAACAUUUAUGACAGUGAAAGAAAAUCACCAAUAAGAGUUUUAGCAGCCAAGACAUUAUUGAUUCUGCUCAGCGAAGAACCAAUUAACAAUAAAUGGCAGGCGUUGGCAAACUGUGGAGCUGACCACAACGGCUGUGUGUCUCCCAAACGUCUGGCAGCUCUGCUGGUCCAUGUGACUGCUCUGCCCAAGUAUCUUGGAUGUAAAUGUGACCAGCUGCAAACUGAUGUCGACUCCUGCUUUGAAAAGAGUGCAGGCAUGUUAGGUGUCAGUACACAGUGUGUAGCGGAGUGGGGCGUGCACGGCUGUGCCAGCACACGCUGGCUGGCUCUGUUACACAGGGUACAGCACAGCAGGAGCAGCAAGGAGAAUCCGGUGCUCUGUGUGCUGUGUGGAGAGUGUGGAUUACCUAUUGCUCAGAUGCUGAAGUUCAAAUGCUCUAAGUGUGAUGUGUUUCUCUGUGAGAACUGCUACUUGUAUGAUAAGGAAUUGUCGAAUUUAGUUGGACAUAAGAAGACUCAUGUUGUACAUGAAAUUAUUGAUGGAGAGGUUAAACCCAUUGAAUGCCUUAGCUUUAUGAAAAAUGUAAAGAGAUUUUUCUUCUGUACGAAAACGAAAAAGAAAAAGACCUGUCGAAAAAACAAAUCAAAUGACAAACAGACAGACAAAAAGACGAACAAACCUGCAAUGUUCACAUCUACAGUUGGUAAGGCCUCGGGGAAUAAUGCAAAUAAUCCUGCCAGUACACUACAGGAUAUAAUCACUCAACUGGAAAAUCAAAAUAAGGCGCUUAAAGAACUGUCGCAACAACUGCAGGCCUUAUCGAAAGACAGUGAUGGUGCAUUGAAGGAGAAAGUUGAUGCACACUAUAAUCAAGUGUCCACACAGAUCAGUAGGCUUAAGACGUUAAAGGACAAUAUAUUAAACAAUGUAGAAAACAUUCCACAAAACACGAAAUCUGACAAGGAACGGCCUCAAGCAUUUGAUCUCUUUAGCCCCAUACCAGUUGAUGAUAAACAGAGCAAGGUGACGGAGUCCAACCAGCCCCGAGUGUUGAGCAUGGACUCCGGAAACUUCUCAGUGGUGUCCAAGCCGGAUAAUCUGCUGACUGUAUCUGGCGAUGCAUUGAAGCCAGUGGUGGUACAUGCUUCGGACACCAUUGCUACGGUGUCAAUGAAUGACAUGAGCAAUUGGUAUCAUGACUCUGAAACGACAAAGCAGAAUAAAUCCCGCAUGGACGUCACAAAUCAGAGCAUUAGUGCUACGGAGCAGAAGUUUCUGGCAGACUUCCGCUCCGUACAGAACUCCAACGACAAAGUAAGAGAGUUGAACGCUGAUCUAGAUACCGUGCUGGACCGACUGCAGCAGAUAUUGACGCAUAAUUUCACUAUCGAUGAGUCGUGUUUCGACAACACGCAGCUGCGGGAGACGGCGAGCGAGAUGGAGGGCCUGCUGGGCACCCUCAUACGCGGCGUCGAGCAGCGCGCCACGCUCAACGCUUAAAACACCUGCUUAGUACACGUAGGCCGCGCUAAACUUUAAGAUCGUUCGUGUACAGGUGUGGCCAACCGGUCGAUCGCGAAACCCUAAACUUUAAGAUCGUUCGUGUAUAUUACAGGGGUGGCCAACCGGUCGAUCGCGAGUCCAGCCGAUCGUGGCCAGGCAAAAAAUAUUUAAAAUAAUUAGACCAGACUGACUACUAAGACUGGUCAAUAAAAAAUACAUGAUUGCGUACUAAACUAUGCUGAUUCAUUUAAGUUUUCAAGCACUUGGUAGAUCGCACAAUGCACAGGGUUUCGUUAGUAAUCAGUAGAUCUUAUGCGGGGUUUGCACGGGUGACUGUAGCCGUACGAUUUACGCCGCACGGCGAAUAUCGGCUGUCUAAAUGGCAAUUCGGCAUGCGGCAUAUUGCCAUUUAGACAAUCGAUUCUCGCCGUGCGGCUAUUAUAGCCACCCGUGUAAACCCGGCAUUAGGUCUAAUCAAGUCUAAAUUUGGUAAUUAAGUUAAAAUGUAAUUUUCCAUAUUUAUACGUCUUAAAAUACACUGUUGGUCGAUCAGACGAUUUUUACGUCUCAAAAGGCUCCUGGUUGUUCAGAUGAGUCUUAUUAGUAGUUGGUGAUCAGUUGCCUUAUUCUCUUGACCGCAAUGUCAGCUGACGAUGGAAGCAGGUGCCUUACUCCCGAAACUGAUAUCGAUUU